CAAGUUAGGCAUAAAUCUAAACAAAAUGAUUUUUUACAAAAAAAAACAAAAAUCUGAACAAAAUGAACUUCUAGACCCUCACUAUUUACACCAAUAAAAUAAAAUAAAAAGCAAAAAUCUAACCACCCAAAAAAAAUAAAAAUAUUACAAAAGAAAGAAGAAACUUCACAUCAGCAUCAGAAUCUCCCUCUCUCCUUCUUCACAAGCCUUCUUUUUUCUUCACGUUGCCGACACUUCCUUCCUCUCUCAACAUCGCCAUGGCCUCCUACUACGUCGUCUCCAAGCUCCUUCUCCUUCUCUUAACCACCUCCAUAGCCACCGCAUUACCCGACAUCAAACCCAUCUCGGGUCCAAUAAACUCCAACUCCGUCCUCGUAGCUCUCCUCGACUCUCACUAUACCGAACUAGCCGAGCUAGUAGAGAAAGCUCUCCUUCUCCAAACCCUAGAAGAAGCAGUUGGCCGACACAACAUCACAAUCUUUGCACCACGCAACGAUGCCUUGGAACGUAACCUCGACCCUCUCUUCAAAUCCUUCUUGCUCGAACCAAGAAACCUCAAAUCAUUACAAACACUCUUGUUGUUCCACAUUCUCCCUCGUCGUGUCUCUUCUCCUCAAUGGCCUUCUCUCUCUCAUCACCACCGCACACUCUCCAACGACCGUGUCCAUCUCACCGUCGACACUCCCACCCUCCGGCUUAAAGUAGACUCCGCAGAGAUCGUCCGUCCCGAUGACGUUAUCAGACCAGAUGGUAUCAUCCAUGGCAUCGAACGUCUCCUCAUCCCUCGCUCUGUUCAAGAAGACUUCAACCGCCGCCGUAGCCUCCGGUCAAUCUCCGCCGUUUUACCGGAAGGAGCUCCCGAGGUUGAUCCAAGAACCAACCGUCUCAAGAAACCAGCUCCCGUACCUGCCGGUGCCCCUCCGGUUCUCCCAAUAUACGAUGCCAUGUCACCAGGCCCAUCUCUCGCUCCGGCUCCAGCACCAGGACCUGGAGGUCCACGUCACCAUUUCAACGGCGAGGCUCAAGUCAAAGACUUCAUCCACACUCUCUUGCAUUACGGUGGCUACAAUGAAAUGGCUGAUAUUCUCGUCAACCUAACAUCCCUAGCCACCGAGAUGGGUCGCCUUGUCUCUGAAGGCUACGUUUUAACGGUCUUGGCUCCUAACGACGAAGCCAUGGCUAAGCUCACGACUGAUCAGUUAAGCGAGCCAGGUGCUCCUGAGCAGAUUGUGUAUUACCAUAUCAUACCGGAGUAUCAAACGGAGGAGAGCAUGUACAACGCUGUUCGGAGAUUCGGUAAGGUGAAGUAUGACUCGUUGAGAUUCCCACACAAAGUGUUGGCUCAAGAAGCUGAUGGCUCUGUUAAGUUCGGACAUGGUGAAGGCUCAGCUUAUUUGUUUGACCCUGAUAUAUACACCGACGGUCGGAUCUCAGUUCAAGGUAUUGACGGAGUUUUGUUCCCGAUGGAAGAGACUCCGGCGACUGAGAUAAAACCGGCUGCUCCGGUUGUUAAAAGAGUUGCUAAAUCAAGAAGAGGUAAAUAAAUUUUUCAAUCUUGUUUACUUUUCUUUUAUAGUAAGUUUUAGAUUAUUAUGUUAAAAAAAAAUUAGAUUAUGCUUUUUUCGGUCCAUAAAAAUAUUUUUUGACAGCUAGACCUGCGUUUCAUCAUUGUUUGUGUCAUAGAUUGUCACAAAAUCAUGUCCUAAAACUUUAUGUAGAAUGAAACAUUAGUUAAAUAGAUCAGCAGCCAUGAGUUUGGUCGUUGACUGAGAGAGUAGAAGGAUGUAAACACAUGGGGAUAUGGAAUAAAGCAGAGACGUGUAGGAGUAUGGAGACAGAACAAUCUUAACAAAUUUUAUUUUUUAAUUCAAAAUAUAUGCUUCUUUUUAUUUUAAUAAUAAUUAAGAGCAUGUUUAUCCCUUGAUCCUUAAGUAGAUUUCUUAAUA